UGCCUUUUUGUUGAGAUACACUAAGUGAGAAUACUGGUCUGUGAAAAUUACCAAUAGUGUCCAGUGUCUUAAAAGUGUUUCAUCUAGACUUGGGCAGUUUGUUAUUCCGUCAAAUAAAGAACUCGGCAUAAUUUUUAUUUUAAAAGCCUUCAGUGUAUUUUUCCCCAUGUUUAUAUUCCCACGCUGGGUUAACUUCAUCUAUGAAAAUUAAAGUAAUUCAUUUUGCAACUGUAUCUUGCAGAAGGAAAGAUUUAUGUGAUGUGUGGAUAAUUAUUAAGUGGACUGUCCUUUAAAGAAAUUAACAUGAUAUCAAGGGUUUAAGUAGUAUUUAUGAGCGUGGGGGCUAGUGCCUGACAAAUUUCACAACAGUCACAACAAGACUGUGGUCCCCUGGGGGUGGGGAGGGGGUGGUAUCUGAACAAGGUAUUUAAAGAGCAAAAGAAGGAAAGUGACAAUUGGCACCAUUUUUGUCACUGUGUGGUGUGUGGUUUGGGGGCGGAGACUACUCUCUCAAUCCCCCACUUUGAGGAAUUUUUGUUCGAGGUCAAACAGCGCCCUCUAUUUCAAUAACUAUUUUUUCAGAUUUCUUUUGUUUUUGCCGUGUAUAUGGGAACAAGUUUUAAGUACUAGUUUUUUAAGUACCAGCAAUAUGUUGUAAAGUGUUCUCCAGAAUGGCAAUGCUUUUUUUAUUUCUGUGAACGUUAUAUUUCAGUUUUGAGUCAGUUUGACACCUCUCUUAGCUUGAAAUACAUUUUGAACAGUUAACACGAACUACACGUUUUGUGAAAGAUGUCCAAUUGUGCAGCUGUGAUUGUAAAGUAAGGCAAUUCCCAAGAAUGUGAUGUUAAAACAUGAAGAAGCGUCUUAUUUCGUACAGUCAAAUGAAGUGAGCAAGUGUUCCUCUCACAACCAGGUAUCAAUCUCUGUUGAUAUGAGGUUAGUGAACCCACGACUGUUUUCCCGCCUCCCAGUUGUCACCUUGCUCCUGGUGCUCUCCAACUUCUUGACCUAUCACUUGGUAUGUAUCGGUAGAGGAGACGGUGGGACGAUCACAAGGAGUAAGACUGAGCAACGAAGUCAAGAGGUUGAAAGUGAAUAUUUACAACGACCGAGCCUUGGUCACAACCUAAGAUAUCAUCAAACAAAUGAAGAGAAACAGCAUCAGGCUGCUAACAAUCUCGCUAAAGUGGAUUUACAUACAUCGGGAAUAAGGUACCAAGAGAUUGAGUGUCUAAUCAAUGGUGACUAUACGAUACAUGGACGACGAGAAGGAACAGAAGUCUAUCUUCCUUUCACAUUCUUGGAAAAGUACUUUGAAGUUUAUGGCAAGAUUGCAGAGUAUGAUGGAUAUGAUCGUUUUGAAUGGCAGCACAGUGUGGCACAUGUUUACCAGCAGGCACCAUAUAAACCAACGGGUGAAUUUAUGUCCUUUGAUCAUUACAAUGUCGAACCUCGAGACAGAGUUAAGAUGAUCAGUGGCGUGCAUGGUGUUCCUGUUUCUAUUCAAUGGGAUGCCCAAGGUUACUUCUACGCUAUUCAAGUUUGUCAGUUUGGGUUGAGUCACUACAGCAAGAAUUUAACCCACCGAGAGCCACGAGUGAAGAUCUAUGAAGACGCCGAGAACGAAGAUCUUGAGAAGUGGAGUCUCGCUGAUCAAAUGAGUCGAAUAUCUGCGGUACGAGAUGAAACAACUGGCUCUAACGUCAUUGAAUUCCAAACUACAGAUUCUUUAUCCCCAGGCCAAGGAGCUACUCUACCUCUCAAUAACCGACGGACAUUUGUUGUCUCAUUUGAUAUAUUGCUGAUGAGUAACUCGACAAUUACCGUCACAGUACAAGAUGAUAAAGAUAAACCGCAUAGCAUUCACUAUGUUGCUAUGGAUGAUAAAGUCAGCCAUAAAGGCAGCCAUAUAUUUUAUGGUAUCGGGGAGUGCAGUCAGUGGCGUAGAGUCACAAGAGACUUAGUGGUUGACUUCCAAAAGGGUCUCGGACAAACAAAUAAGAGAUAUGUCACCAAUAUUCAAAUUGGUUUGUCCAGAGUGAACAAGUUUACGGUGCAUGGCUACGGACGGAUUGAUAAUAUCACUCUAUCGUCCUCCAGCCAUAUGGCGCAGUUCUUCGAUGCGGCUAAUUGGUUGUUAAAGAACCAAGAUAGUAACGGAGGUUGGCCGGUGAUGGUGGACCGGUUACUCGCUCCAGGGUUUCAAGUGUUAUCUCCUGGUUGGUACUCGGCAAUGGCGCAAGGUCAAGCCAUCUCGACUCUCGUCAGGGCGUAUGUCAGAACCAAAGAUAGGAAGUACUUGGAUGCCUGCGUCAAGGCAACAAAACUCUACCAAAUACCGUCAUCGGAAGGGGGUGUCAAGGCUGUCCUCUUUGAUCAAUACACGUGGUAUGAAGAGUACCCAACCACUCCAAGCUCCUACGUCUUAAAUGGCUUCAUCUACAGUCUAAUUGGUUUGUAUGAUUUGAUCACGAUAGCAUCUCCUGAGGAAGGACGGGAUGCUCUUCAACUUUAUGAAGAUGGUAUAAGAUCAUUAAAAAAAUUCCUGUUGUUAUUUGACGGUGGAACUGGUACUAUUUAUGAUCUACGUCAUGUAACGUUAGGAAAAGCUCCAAACCUGGCGAGAUGGGAUUAUCAUGCAACGCAUAUUGCUCAAUUACAAUUAUUAGCCUCCAUAGAUCCAGAUCCAGUAUACAAAACAACGCUACAACGAUGGUUAGGUUACACCAAAGGGAUUCGUGCUAAACACAAUUGAACUCGCGUUGAUGUUGUCUGAAUGAUCAAUUGUAACAAUCACUUGUUGUACAAAUAUAUGUAAAUGCAAAAGUGUACAAGUAUAUUCAUGAUAUGAAUUUAUUUGUGUAUAAGGGACCUGCCGUCAAUUUCACCUAACUCAUUCUAACUUAGGAUUAAUCUCAGGACUUGGGACGAGUUAAGUUCCC